UGCUCCAUCUGUACAAAAUUUAUGUCAAGCGCAAAGAUCACGUCCUGUGGACAUAUUUUUCAUCCUAGCUGCUUAAGGAGGUUAAUCAAACAUGGGACAACAACGUGUCCUGAGUGCAGGAAGUCAAUUACAGGCAAUGAUGCAGGGGUCGAGCCAGUGCUCCUAAGAAUACAAGCAACAACGGACGGUAAGCCGAAAUAUGAAGAGAACAAAUACACUUGGUUUAAAGACAAGUUUCUGGACUCAAGACGCAAGUUGAAAAAAGAUAUUUAUCACAAAUUAAAGAGUUUUUCAUGGUUGUGUGGAGCCUAUGGUCUGACUGCUGCAAACAAGAUAAUCAACCGUCCUCAUCUUUUCCUCACCGUGAAAAGAGAAGUGAAGCAUAGCGAAGUUUUUCGUCAACUUCAGGAAGCGUUCAGCUGUGAUGAUCCUGAGGAACAUUUUGAGCUUCUUGAAGAACCGGAAAGAAAGCCGAAUUUCAAACGCGUGGCUAAUCGAUGUGAAAAUGAUUCGUCAGUUGGGUCUAAGCCAUCAGCACCUGAUGCAUCAGUCGAAGCUGUACCAGGUGGUCGCGUGUUGGUUUAUGGUGAUAGAGAGUGGAAUCCAAUGCGGGCGGAGAAAGGUGGACUCCGUGUAAUGGGAAGUGGAACGUUAACGAUGUUUUGUUGCAAAGACAAACACCACUAUGCCCUUAUCUGCUCCCAUGUAGGCUGUAUAACAGAUGCGAGGCGCGCACAGGCUGCAUUUAAACAAGAAGAAUGCAUCCGGGAGAUUCGUGGCUCACUUUCGUUUUACAAAGAAAACGCCAAAAAGCAUAAAUAUUAUUUUGAAAAUGGCAGCGAAGAGAACGACAAUGUGUCUAUUUCGUUUGGUAAUGAUAAUGACGAGAGCAAGCGCGAGCUUGGUGAUUUUCAUAAUAAUCAUUUUGAUGAUGAAUGCGACAUUCUGUCCGUUAAAAUAUCUAAUGGAAUCAAAAUCAAUUGCAAGGUAGUGGAUGUACCUCCCCCAGACUGGGUCAACAUAUGGAAUGAAUUGUAUGAGAGAGUUAACGAGACACCUAAUGUCGCAGAUCCAGUGAAGGUUGUUAAAAUAAGUUUGUCUUCGACAUGUCAUGAAGGCCGAAUCGUUGCUACUGAAUUUUCUUACGAAGACAAGGAAGGUGAAUUGUUUCACGAUACUACAGUUGUAAAGGGGGAUUCCGGCCCAUUUUUGCACGAUGGUGAUUCAGGUGCGCUCGUUUGCUUUUUCGACAAGAAGAAAGAGAAGAAGGUAUUUGCAUAUGGUGUUUUCGAAGUUGAUCAGCUUUCCUUACCUGAGGGCUCGACCUCAAACGGGCCGUAUGCUAUAUGUUUGAAUUUGGAAACAAGUUUGGAGAAACUGGGGUUUGGUGAAGCAGGAUGCUUUAAUGUUUGUAGUGGAGAAUCAGCUUCAAAUUCCAGUCGUUGUGACAUACUAUAACUUUAUACUCUGCCGGCAAUUAAUUAGAGAGAUAACGUUGGAACAAUUUAAUACUAUGAGAUUCGCAUGCAUGUCGUUCUUAAAGAUCGAAGAUUUUCGUCCUGAAUUUAGGGUUACAGCCAAUAGAAUGGGCGACACUCUUAGAGCAGGGGGGAGGGGGGUUAACCAUGCAGUGAUCACAUCCUGCAGGAACGGGGAAGAGGGUAUAAUUUAAAGGCACCUCGCACCAUUCAUAACUUGUGGAUACAGGAAUAUUCACAUAAAGCAGAACUUUAAAGUAAUUUAUUCAGUCGUUUAAUUAUAUAACCUGUCAAACAGAGAGCACGUUAGUUUUUCAUUCGAGUACUGUAAAAUUGAAUUACGUUUCAAGUAUUUCGUAUAAUAUUAGGAACGAUUCUUUGUGGAACCACCAGGACUUGAAUUAUUUUCAA